AAUAACAGAAAUGUGCACUGAGGCAGAGAUGAAAUCACGUGGCUCUUAGAGGUAAGGGGAAUUUAUGCUGGGCAAGAUUUUGCGGAGUGAAGUUUUUAUUAUACAUAAAUAGCGAAAGAAUAAUCCAGGCAAUGACUUGACGUUUCAGCUAUAUGUUCCACUAUAUAUAGUUCGGUUUAGUGCAUUGCCCCGCCCUCGGAUGCCUCAAUACAUCUGCUAACCCUGCAUGCAGCUGCGCUGAGACCGGCCACAUAUGGGCAAUAUAUAUACCACGGGAUCAGAUUUGCCAUAAACGCAGGAAGGUGUUCGUAUAUAUCAGUUGUGGAUGACUUUCAAAAUGGAGAACGAACCACUGCGGGGAUCUACCGAGGCUCCUGUUUACAACAACAAAUCGGAAAACAAGCCGAAAUCGAGCCGGAACAAUUCGGGAUGUAAAGGGCGUGUGCAGAACAACUUACUGUUGAUCUUAACGGUUGGUGGCAUUCUAUUAGGUAUUGCCAUCGGGUUUGCAGUCAGGCCGUUGAAUCUGUCAUCAGAUGCCAGGAUGUGGCUAGGUUUACCUGGGGAAAUUUUCCUGCGUUUGUUGAAGAUGCUGAUUCUACCGCUUAUCAUAUGUAGUGUGAUCUCAGGGACAGCCUCAUUAAACCCUAAAUCAAACGGGAAGAUCAGCGCCAUAGCCUUCACGUACUGCCUCUUGACGAACUUCAUGUCCUGUGUUAUAGGCCUGGUCUUCACAUUAAUUAUCAAACCAGGACGCUUUGUGGAUGCGAAAAAUACGGAGUCGGUUAAAACUCAGAUGUUACAGACGCAGGAUAUUUUUGCGGACUUACUAAGAAACUUGGUACCCGAUAACAUUGUAGAGGCAUGUUUCCAACAGGUUCAAACGCAGUACAAGAAAAUUGCGAACGAAAUUGAAUCCAUGAAAUCCAAUGAGACAGAUGGAAAUUCCACAAGCAGCCAACUGUACACUUUCUCAAAAUAUUUGGGGAAAACAGAUGGGACAAAUAUACUAGGUUUAAUAGUAGUAUGUCUUUUGAUCGGCAUCGCUAUUAACAAGAGUCAAGAGAAAGGCAAGCACUUCCUGCGCUUCUUCACCUCUGCCACGGAAGUUGUACUGAUCCUGCUCAGAUGGUUGCUAUGGUACACUCCCUUAGGUGUGUUUAGCUUGAUCGCAGUGUCCUUGGCCGGUAUAGAAAAUCUGGAACAAACCUUUGUACAACUGGGACUUUUUGUUCUCACCGUGUUCGUAGGGAUCGUCACUCACCAGCUCGUCUUCAUCGCCCUCAUUUUGUUCGUAUUGACCCACAGGAAUCCCUACCGGUAUCUUCUCAGCAUAUCGCGUGGCUGGAUGCUCGCUUUUGCCACCACGAGCACGGCAGUCGCUAUUCCAGAAAUGGUGCACGCAUGUGAAGUUAGUAACAAAAUAGACAAAAGAGUAUCCAGGUUCGUCGUGCCAUUCUGUGUCACGCUGAACGCCGAUGGCAGCGCCCUCUAUAUCACGGCGGCUGCUUUAUUCGUAGCCACGGUUACUGGCAAUUCACCAGAUGUCAGCACUACUGUCAUUGUCAUCGUGUUGACCACAGUGGCAGGCUUGGCCAUUCCUUCCGUACCCAGUUCCAGCAUUGUCACUUUGGUCGUCAUCUUGUCAUCAAUAAAUAUUCCCACAGAGGCCAUCGGAUUUCUUUUCACAGUGGAAUGGUUUCUGGAUCGGAUUAGAAGCACAAGUAAUGUAUUUAGUCACACCGCCUGUGCUGCCGUCGUGUAUAGAUUCUGCAAAUCCGAUUUAUCUCCAUUGCAAUUAGACGAGGAGGUUUUGGAAGUGAAGGUCAGCAACCUUGACAUUCAUCGGGAAGGUCAGGUGGAUAAUCACGUGGACAGUGGCAAAGAGGACGGCUUACAUCCUGUACAUAUCGUUUCGUAAAACAAGACUAGGCCUGUUUGCUAAAUAAAAAGGUGUAUCAGUUACAUGACAUCCAGGAAACAGCAACAAACACACUAGAAAUUGAGAGAAACACGUGGAUAGUCUCAUGCAUGGACAGUCACAUGCAUAGGCAGUUCUAAAACGGACGGCUAAGAUAUUGCACAUAGGACGUUUACACAAAACGCUCUUCAGUUGCAAAAAAGCCGUAUGCAGAAUAAUAAAGGCGUUGUGAAUAAAACAUAACCUUGUGAAUUUAAAAAAAAAAUGAUGUCAAAUAGUCUGUUACCAGAAUGUCAACAAGGUCGGUUAAGAGGACUCAUUCCGAGACUCCGAAAGGACAAACACAGAGUUAAGAAAGAUUCGUCUCUAUACUGAUUGUUCUCUUUAUGAAAAAGAAGGAUAUGUAUAUCGAAUGUGGAAAUAAAGAAGUUAUAUAUAUAUAUAUAUGUAGUAAAAA